UGCCUCAUCCCCGUACAUAUCUCUGUCGGUAGGCUAUCUUCCAACGCAUGGAUCCUGUCGUCUCUUCUUGUGAUCCUGCUGGUGUUUGUGCUGACCACGGUGCUGGUGAAGGUGGACGUGUCGGACUGCAGGACAGAGUUCUUCAUCUGCACGCUGGCCAGUGUGGCUGUCGUCAGCGGCGCGUCCAACCUCUUCUCGGGCAGCGUGUUCGGGAUCAGUGGUCAUUUCCCCAUGAGGAUCUCUCAGGCUCUUAUAGCAGGCCAGGGCAUGGGGCGCGUUGAGCACGAUGCAGUAGCGUCAGUGGACCUGGCGGUGGCGAAGGAUGCGACCGACAGCGCUCUGGUCUAUUUCCUGACAGCCGACGGUCUUGUGCUCCGCAUCAUCACAUAUCUGCUCGGCCGGCUGGCGUAUUCAAGACACUGCAUGCAGGCGGCAGCGGGCAUCAGUUCAGGAGUGAUGAGCGAGGGCGGAGCCGCGAGACACGGGAGCAGAGUCUCCAUCCCGCCCGCUGAAGCCAUCCUCAGGAAGACGUGGAUGCUCGGUCGCGUCUUCUACGUCUUCUGCAUCUCCAUCAUGGUGUUCCGCGUAUCGUCUGGGAUCAAUCAAGUCAAAGACAGUGGCAGCCCCUGGACAACCACUUAUUUUGUGCCGCUCACCAGUUUCCUCCUGUACAGUGCCGCCGACUUCUGCGGCAGGCAGGCCACCGCCUGGCUGCAGGUCCCGGGGCCCACCAGUCGAGUCCUGCCUGUCCUGGUGCCGUGUCGCUCCAGAAUGGUGCCACUUCUGAUGUUGUGCAACUACCAGCCAAGGGACCACCUCCACACUGUGCUUUUCGCCCACAGCGCAUACCCUGUGGUCUUUAACUGCCUGCUGAGGCUCACCAAUGGCUACCUGGGCACUCUGCCAAUGAUCUAUAUGGUCCCAAAGUCGUGCCUCGAGGCUGACAGAGGCCACAGGGUGGUCAUGGCCUUCUUCCUCACUCUGGGACUGGCUGUGGGGUCGGCCUUCUCAGUGCUGAUUGUGCACUACGUCUGA